GAGGUUAUGUUUGCUGACCCUCCUAAGUGUGUGUGUGUGUGUGUGUGUUUGUUUUGCGCAUGCUUAUGUGGCUCAACACAGUGUACCUUGGAGGAUUAUCAGCAGUGUUCGGCUGGGUGGCGUUGGAAGCAGACUACCAACAAGUCAGUCAGCCAGUGCAUCAUGUCAUUAACUGCCAGCGGCCACAAGUGCGUCGUGGAGAAAGAGACGGAUAAGAUGAAGAAGGACUGGGUCGGCUACCCGAAAGGCCUCGUCAGGGUUACCCCCGGCAGGUGGUUAUUCACGGCAGCAUACACAAAAUUUGCUGAUAAAUAUUACAACUUCAAGUUCAAGCAGAGCGACGUGGUGGUGAAUACAUGGCCCAAGUGCGGCACGACGUGGGUGCAGGAGAUUGUGUGGACGAUGACCAACAAUCCAGACCUGAACCAUCCCAUGGCUGACUUGCCCGUGGUAAUACGCUCUCCCUUCCUCGAAUUUGACAUGCUCAUUGAUGGCUACGAUCUAGCAGCUUCAGAAGACAAUCCCCUGGUGUUGGGUUUCCAAGCUGUGUGUCCUGGAAAGAACCCAGCGGACGGGAUUAUGUUACAGAUAUCUGAGUCGGCCUCUGAUCCUCGCAUCAUCAAGACUCACCUUCUCUCUCUCCUAAGUCCUUCUCUCCUUGAUACUGCUAAGGUGGUGUACAUUGCCAGGAAUCCUAAGGACGUGCUGGUUUCCUACUGUCACCAUUCUCGAAUUUUGAAAAUGCACGGCUAUAUGGGCUCCUUCGAAGAUUUUGUCCAAUACUUCGUAGAUGACGACUUGCUGUACUCGCCGUAUUGGCUGCAUGUGAAGGAGGCCUGGGAGAAGCGGCACCACCCCAACAUGCACUUCAUCUUCUACGAGGACCUGAAGACCGACGUUCUGGGUGAACUUAACAAGCUCAACACUUUCCUAGACACCAAACUGACUGAAGAUCAACUAAAUAUCAUAGUAAAACACACCAGUUACAGCGAAAUGAAAGUUCGAAAUGUACUUGGAGCAGAUAUUAAUGAUUCGUCAAUCUUCUAUCCAGACAUAACCAGCACUGAUGGAGGUUUCUUCAGAAAAGGAGAGACGGGCGACUGGAAGUCCAAACUGACUCCAGAACUGGAGGCUAAAGUGGACAGUUGGAUCUCCAAAAAUGCAGAAGAUAUUGACAUUAGCUUCAAAUAUUCCCUGUGACCAACAAAAGGUCAAGUAGCUGAGCCUCACUGGCAGGGCCAGAUUAAUUAAGGCUACCUGAUGCCCUAAGCACAGGCUCUUCCAUUGCUUAGCUGGCAAAUCAUUAACACUCAAUAGGUUCUGAAGCUGAAAUAAAACAUUAAAACUUA